AUGGACCUGGGGAGCAGACAGAGAACACCCUGCAGCAUGAGACUGACUUGCUCUCUGCUCAUCCUGGGAGCAUUCUGCAUCACCCCUUCCCUCUGCCACAGCCAAAUUGACCCACUGGCUCUGGGGAGAGCAGACCCCCAGUGCUGGGAAUCCUCCUCAGCUGUCUUACUGGAGAUGAGGAAGCCUCGCAUUUCCGACUCUGUCACUGGCUUUUGGGACUUCAUGAUCUUCCUGAAAUCUUCAGGGAACUUGAAACACGGGGCUCUGUUCUGGGACCUGGCUCAGCUCUUCUGGGAUAUCUAUGUGGACUGUGUGCUCUCCAGAACCCAUGGCCUAGGGAGGAGGCAGCUAGCAGAAGCUGGACAGAAGAUCACUGCUCUACCUUCUCAGGUCACAGGGAAAAAACAAGGGUUAUUUUCUUGUAUUCAGAAGUUGCCAGUUCUGAAGAAGAAAGAUUGGUUUGAAGACUUAAAAAGUCUCCACAUGCCAAAGAGGAGAUCUACAUGGCUUGGAAGAAUCAUGGGAGAGCUAGGGAAAAAGAGGAAAUGA